GGAAGUUCGUUCGCUUAUAUUCUCGUCAACGAAGCACCUCCGCUGCCACAAGCGCGUUCGUCAUGAUGGCUUCGCACAUCGCCGUUCUCCUCCUGUGCGCCGCUGUAAUCCUAGCGCCGCCGACAACCACCCAAGAUGCUCAACUAGGACAUGCCAGGGCCAACAACGCCUUCGGAGUUACCCUCUUCAAAGAACUCUGUUCGAAGGCGGCCGACAAGAACCUGGUCUUCUCGCCCGCGAGCGUCAGCAUCGCUUUGGGAAUGCUGUACGCUGGAGCCCACGGCAAGACCCUCGAAGAACUGCCUGCCGUUCUAGGACUCCCGGACGCCGGACUCCUCGACAGGGGCGCCGUGCUAUCUGCCUACAAGUCGCUCGUCGAGAUUAAGUCCGCGAACGCGACGCUGGACAUCGCCAACACGGUGCUCAUCCAGAAGGACUUCGAGGUCCUGGACCAGUGGAAGAAAGACGCCGUCGAGUACUUCCAGGCGGAGGCGCGGUCGGUGGACUUUGUUCGUGACGCCGACGGAUUGGCGGCUGAUAUCAACGACUGGGUGAAGAAGAAGACCAGGGGGAAGAUCCCCAAGCUCCUGGAGGACGCUCCGCCGAUGAACACCGUGGCGUUUCUCAUCAACACCAUCUCCCUGAUCUUAUUACUGUGCAUACGCAGUAUAGCAAAGCCAAAUGCUUCUGUACAUCAUGUUAGACAUACGUACAAACAGUUAAAAUUGAGCUAA